CCGCCACCAAGGGUCUCCAGAAAGAAGCAUGAUUCAUUCCUAGGGUCUGGCUCGCUCGGUCCUGCUCUCCUCCCGGGAACUUCCUGAGAAUGCUCCUUUCCUCCCUCCCUCCUGGCCUCCUCCUUCUCCUCUCGGUCCUUGCGUCCGCAGCCUCCUUUCCAAAGGACCUCGUUCCUGUGAGCACCAUCAGCUUGGCAGGCACGGCCCAGUGUCCCUAUUUCCGAGGUCUUCCGGGGGACAAUGACACCGCCCAGCUGGGCCUGGAUUUCCAAAGCAUGCUGCGACUCAACCAAACACUGUUCAUCGCAGCCCGAGACCACGUCUACGCCUUUGAUCUUCGAAGGACCAAGGACGAUUUCUCUCCGACCAGGCAUCUCACAUGGAAGACCCAGGAUAUGGUUAACUGCGCCAUGAGAGGAAAGCUUCGGAAUGAAUGUUACAACUACAUUAAAGUCUUGGUUCCAAAGAACGACCAAACCCUCUUAGCCUGCGGGACAAACGCCUUCAACCCCAUGUGUCGGACCUACAAGAUCAGUAGCUUGGAGCAGGAGGGCGAAGAACUCAACGGACAGGCCAGAUGCCCCUUCGAUGCAAAACAGACCAAUGUGGCCCUCUUUGCAGAAGGGAACCUCUACUCUGCCACGGUGGCCGACUUCCAAGCCAGUGACGCAGUGAUCUACCGGAGUUCAGGGGAUCGCACUCCAGUCCUCCGGACAGUCAAGUACGACUCCAAGUGGCUGCGAGAGCCUCAUUUUCUGCAUGCCCUGGAGUAUGGGGAUCACAUCUAUUUCUUCUUCCGAGAGAUCUCCAUGGAGUACACCACGCUUGGCCGGGUUAUCUUUUCCCGUGUGGGACGAGUGUGUAAGAAUGACAUGGGUGGGUCUCCGCGAGUGCUGGAGAAAUACUGGACAUCCUUCCUCAAAGCCCGCCUCAACUGCUCAGUUCCUGGUGAUUCCUUCUUCUACUUCGAUGUCCUUCAAGCCGUGACGGAUGUGACCCAGGUGAACGGGCGGCCUGCCAUCUUCGGGGUCUUCACUACUCAGUCCAACAGCAUCACGGGCUCUGCCGUCUGUGCCUUCUACAUGGACGAGGUGGAACGAGUGUUCAGCGGGAAAUUCAAGGAGCAGAAGAACGCGGAUGCCGCCUGGACUCCCAUCCCAGAGGAGAAGGUGCCGAAGCCCAGGCCAGGCAGCUGUGCUGGUGUCGGGCAAGCCGCAAGCUACAGAACCUCCAACGACUUCCCGGAUGAGAUGCUCGGAUUCAUCAAGUCCUUCCCCCUGCUGGAUGAGGCUGUCCCCUCUGUUACAGAGAGACCCUGGUUCUCCAAGACCUCCAGCAGGUACAAGCUGACCCGUCUAGCUGUGGACACGACUGCCGGCCCUUCCCAGAAUCACACCGUUCUUUUCCUGGGCUCCGAAGAUGGGACCGUGUUGAAGGUUGUUGCCGGAACCCAGGAGAACUCCACCGUGGAGACCCGCCUGCUGGAAGAGAUCUCCGUCUACAGUCCGGCCUGGUGCAACGUCAAGAAGGAAGACCGGCGGAUCUUGGGGCUGGAGCUGGACAAGGCCAACCACGCCCUCUACGUGGCCUUCUCCAGCUGCGUGGCGCGGGUGCCGCUCAGCCGCUGUGCCACCCACGGCACCUGCCGAAGACAGUGCCUGGGAUCUCGUGACCCGUAUUGCGUCUGGUUGCGCACCGGAGCCUGUGUUGCAUUCAGCAAUGAAAUCAGAAGCGGAUUCGAACAAGACGUCGAAAACGCGGCCAAGUAUGGGGGGAACUGCCAAGAUGUGGUAACGUCAACUGGAAACCAUGAUGGCACCAGGGACUCCGCGUAUGGAGUGCGGCAGGAACCGGAGGGGAAAGACGGCUCCAAGACGGUCCAUUUCACCUUCCUGAUCGGCUGCAUCUUCGUGGCCUUCCUCCUGGGAGCCUUCCUGUCGGGCCUCUUCGUCUCCUGUUACUGCAGCCACUCUUUCCAGAAGGCCAAGCACACGAGCAAAGACCCCGAGAGCAGCAUCCAGCGUCCUCUCUCGCUCCACAGCCUGGCCAAGAUGAACGGCCUCCUGGAGAGCCAGGCCAAAGAGGGCUUAAUGGAAGCCAACGCCCCCAAACUCUACACCACCCUGCUGCCGAACGAGAAGGAGACGCCCAGCCUGACGGCCAAAGGAGGGGUCAAGGAACACCCAGAGCUCUCCGGCCUGCCUACUCCCGAAUCCACCCCCGAGUUGCCCAUGAAGAACAUGAAGGCGAUCCGCAACCAGUGGGAAAAGAACCAGAAUUUCAACAACGCCAAGGAGUCUCAAGGGAAGGCCCACCUGUUCCACCCCGCCCUCUCCAACAGCCACGCCCUCCCCUUCCCCAGCACCAUGGUCCUCCCCAGCAACCUCCACAGCUACGACGCGCCACCAACAGGCUACCUGGACGAGAAGAAGAUCCCCAACUCCGAGCGCGUCCUGGUGCGCCACUCUCAGUGCUACCUGCCGAAAGGGAUGGAGGUGACCACUUUGGAAGAGCUCCUGAAACAUCUCCAUGAAAGCAGCGGCUCUCCUCCGAAGGUCUCCGGGCACCUUCCCUCCGUGGGCUCUCACUCUGCCCUGUCCUUUGCCAACCGGGUGCAGCCCAAGAUCCCCGACGUCGAGACCGCCCCCUACUACAGUUCGUCCACUCUGCCCAGGGACAGCCUGCCUCGGCGGCUCGACGUCCCCCCGGACCCUCCUCCUCCGUCAUGCUUGGAGAAAUCGGGCAGGCCCCCCUCCCACAGACACUCGCUCUGCAUGGUCCCCAAGCUGGUGAACGUUGGCAGCGGGGGUAUGCUCUCGCGGCAUCACAGCCUCAGUCAAACGGGGCGGCAUCCCCCCGCGCUCCUCGCGCGCAUGCACUCCACGCCAACGUCGAUGCCUCAGGAAGGCCACGCCAUCUUCCUGUCCAGGCAGCACAGUUACGGCGAACAUGUCUCGAUGCCCAGCCACGGUGGCAUCAAGCGGUCGGUCUCCAUGCUGAAGCCAGGAGUGAGCCCGACACCCUUGUUCAUGCCUUCUUCUCCGCCAGCCCAGUCCUCAGGGCAGUUCAAUUACUGAGCCUUUCGGACAAGGGACUCGUUCAAACCUGGAGCCGCGGAGCU